GGAACAGGGAGAUUAAAUCGCCUAGGGGAACCUCAACCCGGGGCAACGCCGAGAAAGAUCAGCCCGCGGGGGGAUCCUGGACCCGAGUGUCCGCCCCGCUCCGCUCCGCCCCGCGGAGUAGACGCAGGAAGGGGCUUAGCUGAAGGCGAGAACAGGGGCCGAGGGCAGGGCUCGGAGGAAGGAAGAGCGCCCUCGCGAACAGUGGGGCCCCAGGGAUAGAGGGCCUCCGGAAAAGAGACCGGGGAGGAAGGAGCGGGGUUCAGGGGCAGAGCUGAGAGACGGGACAGAGCCGAGCCCCUCCGUUGUGGCCCCUAACUGCUGAAAUUUUGCUCCAGCAGGACCAACUACUCCAGGGCCCCGACUUCCCAGCCCUGCUCUCUGCGCUCGCCCAGUCUGCACUGGGGUCCCCCUCUGACCCUUACUGCCUCUUGUUUUGCUCUGCCUUUACUUACCUCGUCUUCUGCCUUUCUUGUUCCUGCUGGGCGGAGGCACCCCACGGGGUGUGCAAGAAGCAGGAGGGCACUGUGGGAGCUUGGUGAACCCUGCAUGCCGAGCACCAGGGUGUUUCCCCGGCAGACCCCCAUGGCAAUGCAGGGAAGCAGAACCCGCGUGUUGCUGGGUGGGCAAGCAGGGCCACUGCGUGGCGGAGCCUUCCACCCAGCACUCCCCAACUGUGAAGAAGAAACUGGAGCUUUAGAACUCAUCCCUGGAAUCUCCAACUGGAUGCACCCCCAAAGAAUUCUUCUGUCAUUUGGCCAGUGCUAUUCUUCCUUCCUGCUGCCCCUACUGUCCCGAGUCCUGUGGCACUCAGUGUCGAGCACCCACAGGGUUGCAGUUGCAGGAAACGGGCCCUGCAAAGGAAGUGAGGAAGUUCCAGGACCACCCACUGCAAACGCUGAAUGGCCCUACAGUGCUUUUGCCUUUUGCAGGAGGAUUAGCUGGAGUGGAAUGAAAACGACCCCAGCGAUUUGGGAGGGGCAGCUCAUUCCUUCCUGGACUGGGCUCUGGGCUCUGGGCACAGAGGGCGGCCGCCGCACCCCGGGGACUCCAAAGCCUCUCCUCUCUCAGCCCCUUCCCUGGAUACGGGGAGGUGGUUUGGGCCACUGCAGACCGCUCAGCCCUUUCGAACAUCUGUGCCGCAAGCGCCCUUGGCGUCUCGUUUCCCAUUACCACCCCUCCUGCCCCAUUGACAAAGGUAGACACUGAGGUCCCAGAAAGAGUUACGGCCUGGCAGCGAACCACCCCCAGGUCAGAGUUCCAG